UCUUUCUUACAAGUCAUCCAUAGCAUAGGAGCUCUGAAAAAGAAAAAAAGAAAAAAACAGGGACUUUCUAGAUCCUUCUUCUUUUCUACAAAUCACUCACCUGAUACUCCAGCAAGUCUUCCAGUUACAAUCAAUCAUGAUCUCUGUCGUAAUCAUCGCUGAGUUACUAGUGGAGUACACGGCGGCUCUUGCUAAACUCACCGCUGGGAUUCUUCCUAGACGUCAAGGUGACAGCAACGUCGUAAGGGUUGGAGGUUUCAUCUUGCCUUGUCCUUCUCCGUCGAAUACUAAUCGGUCGUCUCCCAUACCAGACUUUUCUUCUCAUCUUGUCGACUUUUGAUCUGUAACGAAUUCUUUGGAGUUUUUGUCCUCUUUUUUUUUUAAUCUAAUAGAAAGAGUGGCGGCUGAGAUUUUUCCCUUGAGCGUCUCUAUGCCUAUCUUCCUCUUUGUAAAUCUGUAUCGAAAUAUAAAGGAGUUUUUAGUGAUUUUAAUGAAUUCUUGAUUAUUUA